CUGAAAUACACACAGCCUUGGCCCGAGGCCAGCACAUACCACUGCUUCCUUAGCAGAGUAGGACGGAGCCAGAAGAGAAUCUAAGGAAGGCGGAGCUGAACUCGGAGAAAGCCGAGGUCCUUGGAUGCCAGAGGUAGCUUCCGGAAGGAUGAUGUUGUAGUGAGAAGGACAUGGGAGGACGGUGCAAGGAACGUUGGGAAAGCAAAUCACAGCCUGAGAGAACUGGAGGUGGGGGUCGGGGCAGGAAUCCUGUCCUCCAGUAGUGGAGCUGAGGACAGAGUUGAGAGGACCCUACUGCCUUCCUCAGCAAAUGUCUCCUGGCAGGCUGGCUGGUGAGGGGAAGGUGAAGCUGGCUGGAGGAGACAUCCCCCACUUAAAAACCAACCAGCCAAUAGCAGGGUUUUACUUAUAAACCAAAGUCCCCAAACCAAAGGGAGGCCAGAAGUGACAGCCCCUGUUGACCUUACUUCCUUAGCCCCAACCCUCAGGAAGGUGUGUGGGAACCGAGAGAGGGGCACUGUGUCCUCUCAUUCCCUCUGACAGAUUCCUAACAUGCUUCUCUUCUUCUCUUUCUUCCUCUGUUUCUUUUCCUUCUUUCUUUCUUUCUUUUUUCUUUUUCCAUUUUUGGAACAGGGUCUCGUGUAUUAUAGGCCUCAAACUCUUGUAUAACCAAGGCUGGCCUUGAACUCCUGAUCCUCCUGCCUCCAGCUCCUAAGUACUAGGAUUGCAGGUGUGUGCCAGUGCAGCUGGUUCUAUCAUCAUCAUCAUCAUUGAUGUUGUUGUUGUUGUUAUUGUUAUUAUUAUUACUAUUAUGUUUUUUGAGACAGGGUUUCUCUGCGUAGCCUUGGCUGUCCUGGAACUCACUCUGUAGACCAGGCUGGCCUUGAACUCAGAGAUCCACCUGCCUCUGCCUCCUGAAUGCUGGGAUCAAAGGCAUGAGACAUCCUCAUCUGCCCGUGAACCGUUGGCUUUAAAAUACCAUCCUUCCCCUUACACACAUCCCUCCCUUCUCUCCAGCCACACUGGCUACUGAUGUUCUAAUCCCUGGCAAGCGGGAUUGUUCCUACCUCUGGGCCUUCGCACCUACGGUUCUUAGAGCUCUUUUAACCUGAGGUUCCAGCUUCUCCAUUUCUCUCUGCGCCCUAAGCUUUUACCCAGCUCUCCUUUAUGACAUACCAUACUUGCCCUGUUCUUUUUUUAUUUCUUGUCACCCCUUCCCCCAUCCAAAGACAAAUACCAUGAAGACAGAAAGCCAAUCCAUCCUGUUCUGCAUCCUAUGCUGACAUAGUCCCUGACACACAGAAGAUAGUCAAUCAAUGUGCAUUGGUAGGAUGAUUGACAGGUCAAAGGGGAACCAAACGUUAGCUGGAUAGCUUCCUACUGCUUGCCAGACACUGACCAGUGCCACACUGCCAGUCACUGGGAAAGGGGUGGCCAGUGAGUGGCUAAAGACAAAAAUGGACUCUCUCUCUUUUUUUUUUUUUUUUUUUUUUUUCGGUCCCAGACCAGACCUUCAGGGCUGGGUAAACUUGCUUCACCAAGCAGCUUCCCCCUUCCCCAUCAACCAUGGGCUUGCUGCACUGAAGCCUGUCCUUUUGGGCGGUGGUGGGAGGCAGAGGGGAACCCAAGGCAAUUUGGAGCGGCAGUGAUCUGACGGACAAGGCUGCACACCCAUGGCUUGGAACUUUGUGUACUCCAUAGGACCUAUCACUGGUGCUAUCAGAGCUGUGUCCUCUGUGAGAUUUCUCUGUAUUCCUCUCACACGAUCAGAACUAGAACCUUCUGGAAAACCAGCACCGCGGUCCUUCCCUUCCCCACUUUUCUGUUCUGACAGCAGGAGAGCGAUGUUCAUUUGUGUGCUGAUUUACAUGUCAUCUGCAAAUGCGAUACAUUUCUCAUCCCAUCAGCUAUGCCACCCAGAGCACUGGCUAGGCAAGAGGCUAGAGAGGACUGCAGGCUGCGCUCUAGGUCUUUGUUCUAUAGGUGAGAAAGCAGCCCCCUGUGCCUGUUACCCAGCCCUACCCAGCCUGGCACAUGGACUUUGCAACCCAAACAAGAAACGUGUCUGUUUGGGCCCAGCUCUGGGUUCUUCUAGCCCAGAUGUCUCUAACCUCUAGCUUUAAUCUUGGUCCAAAGUCAGGUCUGGAGGAACAAGAGACUGGGAUCCUUCACCUAAGCUGUCAUGCAAAUGAGUCUGUUUUUACACUCAGUCAACCCUGACUGAGAACCCUGCACAGACCCAUUUGUCACCUGCAUGGGUUUCUGACACUCAGUUGGAGAAAGAUGGGACAGAGGCCUUCUUAAAGACAUCACCCAAAAAUUUUCCUCUGUGAUAACAUUUGAAAUGUAGAUAAAUAUCUCUAAAAAACAGGGGUUGGGGAUUUAGCUCAGUGGUAGAGCACUUGCCUAGCAAGCACAAGGCCCUGGGUUCGGUCCCCAGCUCCGAAAAAAAGAAAAGAAAAGAAAAGAAAAAACAAAACAAAACAAAAAAAAACAGCUGCUACGUUUAUUCUGCCCUUCUUAAAGGAUGAUGGGCCCUGGGUAACCGGUUCUACACAUUGUUCCGAUUCAUACUUGCAACCAGCUUGGAGAAGGUAUAGAGUUUAAAAGGAACCUCAUCCCACCCCCAAAUUGUGGCACAGUCCUGUCAUUCAUUUGAGUCUUCUGGAGGGGCGGAGGGGGGGGAGGUCGUAGUGAGGCAGACAGGCCCUAAAUUCAAGACCAGUCUGAGCUACAGAGAGGCAAUAUUGGAAGGAAGGAAAAAAGAAAAACAGAAACAAAGAAAAGAAGAAAGAAAGACCAUGCAAUGGGAGACUCGCCACACCUUCCUACGUUAAGUGGCAGACCUGGUGACUCAGCUUUGUGGCUUCAGGUCCCGUGUGCACACCAAUUGUACACAUGGGAUUGCACCCACUAGCAGCACUGUGAGGGAUGGGACGACAUCAUGGAACACAAAAGGCUGUCUCCUUCCCCGCCAGGGGAGCCUGCCUACGUGCUAGCAGGCAGGAUAGGUAUAUAAGCCACAUGGCAGAUCAUCUAUCUACAGACUGUCACUCGGUGUCUCUGUCUGUCUCUGUGUCUGUCUGUCUGUCUCUAUUUGUCUCUGUGUAUAUGUCGGUCUCUCUGUGUCUGUCUGUCUCUAUUUGUCUCUGUGUGUAUGUCGGUCUCUCUGUCUGUCUGUCUGUCUGUCUGUCUCUCUCUCUCUCUCUCACACACACACACACACACACACUCACACACACCAGAAUGACACUCAAGGUAGCACUGUGGCUUGAAGGGUUAAGAACUGGGCCCAAGAGUCAGAAUCCUGGUCGUUCUUUUAUUUGGGAUUUCCAUUUGCUGUUUUUGAUCUAUUAGAGGGAGUGUCCUGCUAUGCAAUCCUGACUAACGUGGACUCUCUAUGUAGACUAGAACAUAGGUAGAACGUUCUAAGAUCCUCCUGCCGUAGUCUCCCAAGAACUGGCAUCAGGAGUAUGGGCCACCACAGCCAGCCAGCAUUCCAAGUUGGAAUCCUGUCUCGGUGACUACCUUGGAGGCCUCUGGAGACGGAGUCUAACCCUUUCCAAACCUCAGCUUUCUCACUGGGAAGUGUGCACAGCGCUCACCUGGAAGGACUGAGGAAGGCUGUGGGAGGGUACGUUGAGAACUUGGCCAUCAUUGCCUCUUCGCUCUGCCAUUUCCCAUAGGCCUUUGGUUCUUUUUUCUCCCCAGCCCCCUCAUAACAGGAGGAGGCCCCUGGUGUUAUCUCACCGUCUGGCUAGGUGUAAGAGGUUGCAGACUUGGCCUGUCACUCUUAAUGUUGGCCAUUGUUUUUAAAGAUUUAUAUAUGUAUAUGAGUACACCGUAGCUGUCUUCAGACACACCAGAAGAGAGCAUUGGAUCCCAUUACAGAUGGCUAUGAACCACCAUGUGCUUGCUGGGAAUUGAACUCAGGUCCUCUGGAAGAACAGUCAGUGCUUUUAACCGCUGAGCCAUCUCUCCAGUCCAGCCUGUCGCUCUUAAUGGAGCAGAGGAAACCGAGGACAAGGAGUGCAGAUAAGCUUUCCCAAGCCAGCCAUACACCGUGUCAGACAUGUGGACAGAUGGAGAGAAAGGGGCUCAGGUGAGAAGGCAGGGCAGCCAUGCUUGGCUCUGUGAUGCAGAGCUGGGUGACUCCGGAGAAGCCACCUCUACACACACACACACACACACACACACACACACACACACACACACACACACGCUUUACGCUACCGUUUUCACAUUCAUAAAACAAGAAUUAUAGUCUUUGUCUCACAUGGUGGCUGUGAGGAUUGACAAAGGAGUAGGCGGAUAGUCAUGAAGUCCUCUCUGCCUCUCUUCUCUCCCCAGGAAUCAAUGUUAUGUGAACAAGACUGACUACUCCAGGGUGAAGUGAGGCUUAGCUCAGCAGAAGAGCUCUUCCCAGACAGCCCUGGGCUCCCCUCCCAAUACCUUAAGAAACUGUAACAAGGGGCUGGGGAUUUAGCUCAGUGGUAGAGCGCUUAAUUAGGACGCGCAAGGCCCUGGGUUCGGUCCCCAGCUCCGAAAAAAAAGAACCAAAAAAAAAAAAAAAAAAAGAAAAAGAAAGAAAGAAACUGUAACAAAACAUCUGUCCCAAACAAUGGCCAGGAGAGGUGGUAGAAGCCUGUAAUCCCAGCACUAAGGGAAGGCUGACACAAGAGGACGGUAGAUCUGAGGCCAGCCUGGGCUACAGAGAACUCAAGGUCAGCCUGGGCUACAGUGAACUCAAGGCCAGCCUAGGCCAUACAAUGAUACCACAUCUCAAAAACCAUCUGAAGCUGCUCUACAGUGCCUCAUUUCCCAGCAGCCAGACUGUAAGCCCCCUGCCUCUGCAGUACACCGGUUCUCUCAUCAGGAUCUGCUCUGACUCUCCUCUGUUCUCUUUCAAAACGUCAAGGAACAAACCCCCUUCCCGUGUGUGGGAAGUUUUUGACUGCCAUAGACCAACUUGAAGACAGUACCAGCACCUGUGAGAAGGAUGAUCUGUGAUUUUCAGCCGAUGAAGCUCUAGGAAGUUCAAACACCAUUGUGUCCUGCUCCCGGACUGGUGACUUGGAGAGAGCUCUAACAGGAUGGCCCAGGAUCUCAGUGAGAAGGAGCUGCUGAGGAUGGAGGUGGAGCAGUUGAAGAAGGAAGUAAAGAACCCACGUGAUCCGAUUUCCAAGACAGGAAAGGAAAUCAAGGAUUAUGUAGAGGCCCAAUCAGGGACCGACCCUCUUCUGAAAGGCAUCCCAGAAGACAAGAAUCCCUUCAAGGAGAAAGGCACUUGUGUGAUAAGCUGAUGGCCUACCCUCAAGACCCUCACCCUUUCUCUGUCCCUCCUCAGUCUCACCAGUGUACUGGGAUACCUAGGGAUACCAAGUGUAUUAGGGAUCAAUGUUUACUUCCUCUUAGACAAAAGUAAAGAUGCUGAGAGAAAAACAACA